GAUACGACAUCAAUCAAAAACUCAGUUGUCAAACCCUGUCAAACCUAAUUACGAGCAGUACCUACGUGAAAGACGAGAAGACGCUGAAAUUAAAAUGUUUUGUGACUUUGUGCUUGAAGAUUUGAUCGAUGAUUCGGAAAUGGAAGUGGCGUUGUUGGAAUUAGAAGGGGAGGCAUUUACACGCAAUCAUCGAGGAAAACGUAGCUUUGUCCGGAGAAAUUUUGUAGAAGAACAUCAAAAACUGAUGGAGGACUAUUUUGUCCUAAAUCCUAGAUAUGAUGAUACGAAAUUUGUGCGUCGAUUCCGGAUGUCGAAGGAAAUGUUCUUGAAGAUAGUCGACGAUCUGCAGGACGACGAAUUCUUCAAACAAAAAGUAGAUGCUCUAGGGAAAUCCGGAUUAAGCACAAUACAAAAAUGCACCGCAGCCGUAAGACUUCUCGCCUACGGUAUAUCUGCAGAUGCGGUCGACGAAUAUAUUAAAAUUGGCGAGUCCACGGCUUUAUUUUAUCUCAAAAAGUUUUGCUCGGCAAUUACAAAUCUUUACGGAGAACAUUUUCUUCGGUAUCCGAAUCAGGAAGACAUAACGAGGCUGUUGAAUGAAAAUGCAAAUCGUGGCUUCCCAGGCAUGCUCGGGAGCAUCGAUUGCAUGCAUUGGCAAUGGGCGAAUUGCCCUACUGCGUAUAAAGGGCAGUACACUGGCAAAGAUGGGAAAGCCACUCUUGUACUAGAAGCCGUCGCAUCGUACGACACCCAUAUUUGGCAUAGCUUUUUUGGCUGUCCUGGAAGUUUAAAUGAUUUGAACAUUUUCGAUCGUUCGCCGUUGGUGAAUCAUAUAAUAAACGACGAUAUUUUAAAAUGCAAUUAUGAACUAAACGGCAAACAAAAAGAGAAAGCCUAUUUUCUCGCCGAUGGAAUCUAUCCAGAUUGGGAAAUAUUUGUUAAAACCAUUUCUCACCCAAAUACUCCGAAGGAAAAGUUGUUUAGUAAAAAACAAGAGUCGGCGCGAAAGGACGUAGAGAGAGCAUUCGGAAUACUAAAAAAAUGCUGGCACGUGCUUAAUUAUCCAGCUAGGUUCCAAGAUCUCGAGACGUUGCAACUCAUCAUGAAUGCUUGUAUAAUAUUGCAUAAUAUGAGGAUUGAGUACAACACCGAUACCGGACCAAUCGAGAACGAUCCGCUAAAUGUGGUUGAGACAGGUCCAACCAAUUUUGCUGAUUAUCUUCAGAAACGAAUGGAGGUUCGCAAUUCGCUCAAUCAUUCUAUACUUAAACGAGAUUUAAUCGAUCAUAUUUGGAACCAUUUCGGGGACCAACCUAAUUGAUUUUUUUUUGUUUAUAAGACACAUUUACACGUGAUGUUAAAAUAAAAUUCUGAAUUUUUUAGA